AUGCCUCCUCGACAAAGAAACCAGCAAACACAAGAAAAUUUCCACGUCCCGAAUGAUAUGCAAAAAGUUGCAGAUGAUCAGCCCGCGCUACCAGCCAUCCUAAAGUCGGCCCACGACUUCAUGGACUCCACGUGGACGCAGCAAGACGAGCUCGCUCCGCAGCAAGCCUAG